UUGAUAGCAAUUUGUACUCCCAGGCUGUAGCUACAUUAAAUACAACGGAUAAUGGUUGAACUGGAAAAAUUAAUCCUUUGAACUUCAAUAUUCAAAAGGAUAGCAAACAUGUGAACUCGUACAAAUGCAAGUAAAAUCCAUCCUAUGUGUGAUCCUCAGUUGUGUGUUCUCCACUAGAGCAGCGUUGUGGAUGGACGGAGUGUACGAGUUGGCGAGGAAGUGUAUCAGACUUGCAGAAGUGAACGGUACAGAAGACGAUGUGACAGACCUGUUGAUGGGAUACCUCCCCGACACUCGGUCCGGCAAGUGCAUGUUGAAGUGUAUGCAGGAACACGUGGGCAUCCUAGUGAACGGAACUUACGAUUUGAAGGGAACAUACCUCUUCUUCAGGAACACCUUUCCUGAGAAUCCCUUCCACAAGAAUAUGGAGAGAGCUGUUAGGUUUUGUGGGAAGAUAGUGGAGAAGAGGCGUAGUGAAGACAUGGACCCGUGCCAGUACGCUCACAUGGUCGCAGCGUGCGUCAAACGACGCAUUAGGUUCAGACCAGGCUGCAGGUCAGCCUUCUACAACCCCUUUAAGUGGAAAGAUCCCUCUAAGAGAGUCACCAUCAAACCGGGGAAGAAAUACUUCGUGCCUGACCCGAGGUUCAUGCAGAAGGUAGAGUUUGAGAUCAUCACCCGGCCAACCAGGAAAUACACACUGGGCGAUCUGAACACAACCCUUGCUUCAGGGGAGAGUGUAGAGGCCGGGGCGUACGUGUGGACACCGCCGAAGAAGACGAGGAAAGGGAAAUGGGGAAGGAGGCAGAAGGAGGAGAUGAGAGAGAAAAAGAAGAAAGCUAAAGAAGCUGAGAAUGGAAGUGUAAGUGGGAUGGACAUAUCUGAAGACGACGAAACCUUGGAGAAGUCUUCAAAGACUAGGAGGCAUAAGAAAGAUUUUGUUAUAUAGUAAAUACAUUUUUAUACAUUAUA